AUGGCUUAUAAUAAAGCGUACAGUUUGACGCUCUACUGGUUGUCGUCUUGUGCUUCCGACCACAGGUGGUCGGCGGAUGGGUUUCGAUCAGCUGGGCGCUGUUACCAUCGCACUCUGCCCGGCGAGGGCUGCUUCUUUCACGAAGCCUGCGAGGAGACAAGCGGCCUUUGCUGCCCCGACCCUUGGGGAGUCUACCCCCCGUGCUGCUCCAAGGGGAUGCCGCCACUGCAGCUUACGCUGCUGGCAGAUAACGAAUCACGAGCAGGAGAGAACCACGAGGAAGACGUGGAGCAGGAGAACAAAUCCCUGCUGGCGCGACUCCACGAGGACGAGCGGGUGAUUUGGCUCCUGGUGGGGCUCCUCCUGCUCCUGCUGCUGAGAAUGGUGAUGAGCUGCUCCCAGCCCAAGGACAUUGUCGUCACAGAAUAUGCCGGCGAAGACGAUUACGCCGGAAUUGCGACGACCCGGCGCUGUGCGCAGCCGGAGAGGGAAAGUACCACAAGAGCGCUGAUGAACUCAGGAAGGUACAUCAUCGCCUUCGUGAAUAAGGGCUCUGGAGACCAGAAGAGUGCUUUGCUGCACGAUGCCUUUUCCAGCCUCCUCGGCCAACACGGUUGUGUGUGCGUCUUACCGGAUGACUUGGAGCGCGGCAUGAGCCUGGCCGCUGGGAAGCAGAAGACCGAUCAGAACGUCUAUGUGCUGGCAUGCGGCGGAGAUGGGACGGUGACCUGGGUCUUGCCGCCUGGGCAGCAGAGCGAGAGCAGUGCAGAUGGGAUCAUACCCAUGGGAACGGGCAACGAUCUGGCACGAUCCCUGGGCUGGGGCCCCGCGCUGUCGGAGCUGAGCCAGCUGGAGAGCUACGUUAUGCGGACCAUCCAUGCGGAGAUUGUGCUUCUGGAUCAGUGGAAGUUGACACUGCGACCCCAGAGCAUGCUGCCACCCUCACUGCGGCCGAAGGAGGAGCAUAGGUCUGAGUACGUCGGAUACUUCACCAACUACUUCUCUGUCGGCAUGGAUGCCAGGACGACGUAUGAAGUCGGCAAGGCGCGCCAGGGACGACUAGGCCGUGCCUGUUUCCAACUGCGCUGUUUGUGGCCUUUCAGUUUCAUCCAUGGUGGCUUUCUCUGCUAUGCCUGCAAAGCUCCAAACGUUUUGAGAGUCUGCUGCUGUCGGAAGAAGGCCUUGAACAAAGACCUUUCGCUGUGGUUUGAUGGCUCUGAAGAGGCGUAUUCCUUCCGUGGGCGGGACGAGUUUCGACAGUUCACGCUCACGAAUAUCAACUCAUACGGUGCAGGCAUGGCGCUCUAUGGGAAGCAGCGCUUCAGACACGCAGUCAGCCCAACCGACUGGCGCCUGGAGGCGUUUACUCUCCAUGGUCCUGUGUCUGUCAUUGGGAUGACAACAGCGAAGAAAUUCCUUGGACUGCCCUGCCAAAGCUGCAGCAUUCGUAUCGACCACCAGCCGGCGCGCGUGGACUUGGAGCUUACGAGGGGCCAGUACUUCCAGAUGGAUGGAGAGCCCUGGUAUCUUUCCGCGGCAUGUACCGCAACGAUCGAGCCGAACACCCAGGUAAAGAUGCUGUGCCCGCCGUUGAACGGUCCGGGUGCCGGCGUAUGGGGCAGUCGACAAGAGAGGAGCUUUUGGAAAGCGACACAGACGACAUCGCGCACGACAGAGCUCCAUGACCCAAAUUUAGAGAUGGCCGUGCUUCUCGAAGUACUUGCCUUCCGUGUGCGUUUCAAGAACUGCAAAUUGGCAACCGUGUACUGCAAAGGUCGCACACCCAAGUGA